GCCUUCCCUGAAAAUAUGCCAGUCCUUAGGGCUGUUUACGAGAAGAGUGAACUGGCAGAUUAUUUCUUCUUCUAGCUCUACGCUGCUAUGCACCACAGCAAGGACUGCACAGUGAUGUGGGGGUUCACCAUUUCGAUCCUACUGCUUUCAUUCGAAAGCCUUAAUGCCUGUCCACAUGAGUGCCGGUGUGAGGAUAAAGCCGGUGUUCCAACGGGAGACUGUGAGGGCAGGGGGCUUUAUUCACUCCCGUCAGGCAUCCCGAAAGAGGUGGAGACCCUGAUCCUGAAGAACAACUCCUUGGAUCAUCUGCCGUCUGAUUCCUUUGUGAACUUCACUCAGCUUCAAACCCUCCACCUCCAGAGGAAUCGGCUGGCGACCCUGCCUGUCGGUCUCUUUUCCUCGCAAUCCCAGCUCAUUGUGCUCUUUCUCUAUGGGAAUUGCAUCACGUCACUCCCAGAUCACAUAUUCACACCAGUGCCCAAGCUGGAGCGGCUACACCUGAGCGGGAAUAAGCUGACUCAUUUCUCAAACGCUGUGUUCGCUCCUUUGGUGAAACUCAAAACACUGGUCUUAUCAGGUAACAGACUGCAGAAUCUCUCCCCAUACUCCUUCCAGAACCUCCAGGAACUCAGAGUCCUGUCUCUGUCCUCGAACAAGCUCACUUCCCUCCACAAGGACCUCUUCCGGCCCCUACAUUCGCUCUAUGUUUGCGCUCUGAACAACAAUCAGCUUGCCCAGCUCCCAGAGUCAAUAUUCAGGGGUCUCCAUGACCUCUAUUGGCUCACCCUGGCUAAUAACUCUCUCCGGCACUUACCUGUGAACCUUUUCCAGCAAACUCAAAUCAAGCACCUGUACCUGUACAGCAAUCAGCUGCAGAGUCUCCACGCAGGGCAGCUCCAGCCUCUGCCAGACCUUCAAACCGUGAAGCUCAACGGAAACCAGCUUGAGGUUCUGCCCUCAGGAUUCUUUGACAACCUGCCGAAGCUGAGCACUGUGACCCUCUAUGACAACCCCUGGAGGUGUGACUGCAGCAGCAGUUAUAUGCGGGGGUGGGUUCGUGAUCACAGGCAACUGGUAAAGAGUCGAGGUCUGCAGAGCGGCGGGGCAGUGAUGUGCGACAGCCCCACGCAAGUCAGGGGGCUGUCCAUGGCAAAUCUCACGGAUGCAGACUUGUCCCACUGCUGAGAAAAAUCAUGUAAGAAACUCAUGCCAGUGUUUCCAUUGGCAGCUGCUGCUGGUUGCAUUAUAAAAUGAGUCAGAGAACGUACCUGUUCAAAUGAAUGAUAAGUCAAUGCAUUAAGCAACUACACUUACAGCUUUGCUGGCAGCGUAGAUCUGGCAAAGCUUUAUACAUUUUUAAAACACAACACACUCUAUAUAAACAUAUUAAAUACAAACAUUUUAUUAUAUCAAUUUUUUGUCUUUUAUUUCAAUUUAAUGACUCGUGUUUUAAAGUGUUCAGUGGCUACCUCUAAGUUAAGAGUGUAUUUUCUGGCAUAGCAAAGAGUGUGUCAACAUGAUAAGAGGUAGCCACUGAACACUAAACAUACAAUAGAAUGUCAUGGGUGAAUUGUUUUCAUAGAAUAGAGAGGGGGAUUUUUUCCAAGUGUUCAAGCAUUAUUCAACAAAAGAGGUUAGAAAAAAAGAGUAUAUAUUUUUAUUUAUAAAAAUACAAAGUAUAUGUUCUUGUUUUAACAUUGCAUAACAUAUGAUAGAAAACAGUACAAUGGAGAAACAUUAAACACAGUAAAAUAUUACAUACAAUAACACCAGAUCAUAACAUCACUUUUGUAGUGUACAAAAACGUAAAACCUUUAGGUUUUGGGUCAAACUAAAAACUAAAUACUUUUAAAACCAUAUUUAGCCGCAAGCUUUUUAGCAUAUUUCUUGCUUUUACUUAUACACAAUACAAUCAUAUUUAUAACAUUCAAACAAAAAAUAACACAGAAGCAGUGUGCUGCCCUUAGACUGAGAGUUUAAUCACGAUUCCCUUAAAGCACUCAGCUUACAAAAUAACCCCUGUGAAUCUUACCUAAUAUUAUUGCCAUCAAAUACGUCAAGCUGUUUAAUCUAUUUUUUGUUAACUAAUACAGCAGUUAUUUUAAAAAUUAUUAAAUAUACAUGUUGUAAAAUUGAGUGUAGGAAAUGUAAGAUCUAUGAAAUGAUGGUAAUACAGAUUAGCGUGGUUUUAUUAGCUCUGUGUACUUGAAAAGCAAUAUCUUAAACACAAAGUAUCAUACAGUGAGGGACAGUAAUAGAGCAGCCAGCCUGUUCUCACCUCAACAGCACCACUUCAGAAACAUUAGUGGAUUCAUUUUCCUAACUAUCAGCUUUGCAGUAAAAACUUCACUUUCUCUUUGUUGCUCUAGAACAGAUGUUUAUAGAUUGAUUUGAGUGACAAAUAAGGUCUGGCGGAUCACAUAUGAAUCUCACGUCUAUCCUGAUGUUAUAGGGUCUGCCAAAACUAAAAUUGCAGCAAUUUUAAUACAAAAAAAAGUAAGCUGUUUUUACAUUUUCCAAAAUUUUAAUCUCAGUAAACUACUUAAAGUUUUAUUUUUGUGCGUCUUACCUCAAAUAUGUUACAGUAGGAACAAGCAGGAAACACCUCAACAGCUUUCCCAGUUUAAUCACAUUGGAUUACAGAGCUGAAGAAUCAAUUCACGGCCUAGACCAAGCUCAUCAACGUGUCAAACUGAUAUUAAAGGGCAACUUGAUAUGGGUAAGAAAUACCACAGCUAUCAUAUCUAAUGUACAGCUUAGAUCCAAGUUUGGUAACACUUUGGUGUACCUGAUGUGGAGUCGAGACAGGAUUCUAUUGAUUUUCUCAAAGUCACCAGGAUGAGACGACUAAAACAGAAAAUUAUGCAAAGUGAAUGUAAAGAAGAAGAAUGCAGAAGCUACCUUAGAUACAUCAUUCCCACAGCAAGCUGUUCUUUGAGAGAGCUUAAACUUAUUGCUUUCACAAGGAUUGGCCCACCAUGGUCUGCCACAUAUCCUGCGUGCUCAAACAAAUUGUGCCCAAUGUCUUUGGGUUCUCCAAACUGUUUAAUCAUGCUCCAGGAAAGUGUCAUGGUUUGUCUUCCUGAAAUAAAUCUCCCAUUACACUGA